AAGGAUUUUUGGACGGACCCGGACGGCGUGCUUCCUGUGCAAUGUAGUGAAUGUCACUUUGCCUGCAUGAAUUGACUCGCUGAAUCCUUUAACAUGUGGAUAAAGACAGUGGAGGCGGGAAGCUGCGUGCUGCGGGCUGUGCGAGGCAGGCUUUACUCCACGGUUCCAGCCGCUCGCCUUACGAAUGCCGAGAUCUCCCAGAUGCGCGUUGAGUUGUUUAACAAAGAGAAAGAAAGACAGUUAUCUUUGCAGCCCCGCAUCGAGAAGAUCGAGGUGAAGCAUGUCGGAAAGACGGCCCCUGACACCGUGUUUGUAAUGAAUAAAGGAGUCUCCACUCCAUACAACUGCACCAUGCACCUCAGCGAGUGGUAUGGUACGAGGUCCGUGUUGGCCCUUGUUGAUGGUGAACUGUGGGACAUGUACAAGCCUUUAACUAAAUCCUGCACUAUCCAGUUUCUUACGUUUAAAGAUGAAAACCCAGAGGAAGUAAAUAAGGCGUACUGGCGAUCGUGUGCAAUGAUACUCGGCAGCGCGUUGGAACAGGCUUUCAAGGAUGAGUACAUGGUGACCCUCGUACGCGCUCCAGAGAUACCAGUGAUCUCUGGAGCGUUCUGCUACGACGUGGUGCUGGACAGCCGACUGGAUGACUGGAAACCAACAAGGGAGAAUCUUCAUUCUUUCACCAAAGAUGCUCUCGGCCUUAUCCAGAAGGACUUGCCCUUCGAGCCUUUGGAGGUAGAAGUCAAAAUUGCAAGAGAAAUAUUUCAGCACAAUGCGUAUAAAUUGACUGCAGUGGAGGAAAAAGCAUCACAACACCCCCAUGGACUGGUGACACUUCACAGGCUUGGCGAUUUUGUGGACCUCACGGAAGGACCUCAUAUCCCACGGACAAGCUUCUGUCUGCAAUAUGAAGUGACAGCUGUUCAUUCCCUUCCACGUUCCUCCUCUGAGCAUUUGCGUCGAUUCCAAGGUCUUUCUCUGCCAAGGCAUUUACAGGCUUAUCACACCGUGUGGGCGAAGCUGAGGACAAGAUCUCAGAGGCUGGUCACUGAAGAGCCAUAUAAAGUACCAGAGACUGCAUCAUAAUUCGGGGAGCACUUUUUUUUUUAUUUCAUUUUGUAUUGCUGUUAAAUAACAUUAAACACUUGUUGUCUC